CUCCUCACAGUUAUGGCGCACAUGAGGGGUAGAGUGAAGAGGAAGCCACGUUUACACGAAAAGUGGUGAUUUCUGGGGUUUUCUGACACCGGGAAAUAACGGUCACGUCGCCUACCAAUAUUUUCUGACUCUGAAUCCACAGCUGGAAUAUCAGGGAAGGUCAAAGGAGCCACUUCAUCAAACAGGAUGAGUGUUGGAUUUAUCGGAGCAGGCCAGCUGGCUCACGCCCUGGUGAAAGGCUUCACGGCUGCCGGUGUGAUUGCUACACACAGGAUUACAGCCAGCUCCCCAGACACUGACCUGCCCACUGUGUCAGGGCUAAGGAAAAUGGGGGUUAACCUGACGACUAGCAACAAAGAGACGGUGAAUAAGAGCGAUGUUCUCUUCCUUGCUGUGAAACCUCACAUCAUCCCCUUCGUUCUGGAUGAGAUUGGACCAGAUAUAGAGGACCGGCAUCUCAUCGUCUCCUGUGCAGCAGGUGUCACCAUCAACUCCAUAGAGAAGAAGCUACUUCAGUACCGUCCCACUCCUAAAGUCAUGAGGUGUAUGACAAAUACUCCAGUGGUCGUGAAAGAGGGAGCAACGGUGUACGCCACCGGGACACACGCAGAGGUGGAGGACGGCAAGUUACUGGAGCAGCUGAUGGCUAGCGUGGGUUACUGUACUGAGGUGGAGGAGGACCUCAUUGAUGCCGUUACAGGCCUGAGUGGAAGUGGACCUGCCUAUGCCUUCACCGCUCUGGACGCUCUGGCCGAUGGUGGAGUGAAGAUGGGUCUGCCCAGGAGACUGGCUGUCAGGCUUGGAGCUCAGGCCCUACUGGGAGCAGCUAAGAUGCUGCUGGACUCUGAGCAGCACCCUGGCCAGCUAAAGGACAAUGUGUGCUCACCAGGGGGCGCCACUAUCCAUGCCCUGCAUGUCCUGGAGAGCGGUGGCUUCCGCAGCCUCCUCAUCAACGCUGUUGAGGCAUCAUGCAUCAGGACACGGGAGCUUCAGUACCUGGCAGACCAGGAGCGAAUUUCUCCAGCAGCCAUUAAGAAAACCACAUUGGACAAAGUGCUCCAGCAGCCCGGAGUCACAGUCAGCGGAGUGGGUAAUGGGAACGGCAGAUCAGGGCUCAGCCUGUUCAACAAUCGCAAGCCUGGAAUCAAGAAGAACUGAGUGUGCACAGGCAGGCACACACAAACACAUCACAACUGUACUGACGUGUACAACAUGUGAACAAACUCGCAUCUUAAACAGCUGUUCAGCCAAACAAUGUUGAAGGAACAGACUCAGGACUGGACUGAAAUCACAACAGAGUUGGCAGCAAAGCCAAAUAAUCUCUAUCAUACUUGACUUCUGUAUGGAGAGUGGAGCCGCUGUGUUUCAGGUACAUUGCUCACAGUUAUAGCCUUAUAAUUACACAUUACACAUGAAGAGCAAAAGUGCAUAUACAAUCUGUUGUCGUCUGUGUUCUGGUUGUUAAACGUAAUGACCCGGCAGGCCAUCAUGAGAUCUGGUACGCACCAGGCAGCAGAUGGCUGCUGGGAUACCAUCAAGCUCUUAAUGUACGUCUUUAAAGUCUGUCUUUAAAAAAUGAAGCUACGAUGUAAAUCAUCAUGUAUUCUUUUUCCCGUGCUGAUAAUUAUUCUGUUUGACUGAUAGUGUGAGUCGUCAGUUAGAAGACUGAAUAUGACUUGAACAAAGAGAUGUUAUUUUGUCAUUUUCAUCAUGUUACAUGAACACUACAGUUUCAUAUCUCUGCAAUGUUACAGUCGGUUUUCAGGCCCAUGAGGAACACUUUGCCUUUUGGACUCUGAAAACAUUAUUUUUUACAUAUAAAGGUCAUUCCAAGCUUAAAAACUCCUGACUCAGCGUUUCCUGAUGACCCCUCUGUUAACUUCCUGCUGGUUGUUUUGAUGCUUGAAGACAUUGUGGGUCUUAAACCCUGAAGCUUGAUCUGCUAUCAUGAACCACCUGAUGCUUUUUCUUACCACAAAGCCAUUCUUUCACUUUCUCUCAUGAGGGGAAAAUGCUGCCGUUACAGGAAAAUGAUGUAUGAAAUGAAAAUGUUCACAUAGAGUAUGAUGUAUAAUACUUACAUCAGCCUUCAAUCCGUCCUUAUUUUGUGUUGCUCUAUGUAUUUUUAUGUCAGUAAUAUUACAUGUUAUGUUUUUGUUUUUUUGACAUAUUAACUGCUGAGUCAGUUCAUCGGUCAAUAAAUCAUUACAGAAGCAGAAUCCAA